AUGGCGCACGCUCGUCUACCCCUCGAAUAUCGUGUAUCCAAGCUACCCAAGACCCUGCCAGUCACCUUUGUCUACGGGAGCCAUGAUUGGAUGGAUCCCCAAGGUGGCGAGCGCAGCGUCAAGCGACUCAGAGCGAGUGGGAAUAAUGGAAGCAGAAUGGUAAUUGUUCCUGGAGCAGGUCAUCAUGUCUAUCUAGAUAACCCAGACUUUAUCAACAAGCUUCUAGUCAAAGAGAUGGAUGCCGCAACCAGGAACUCUAGAGUCACCUUGACCUCGGCAUAA